CACAGGUCAAGAUAUUUCUUUAUGUCUUGACGGCUGCUGCGGAGUGCGAAGAGACGCAGAAAAAAGGGGUUAUAUUCGUCAUGUGGCCGGGGACGGAUCGAACGAUUCGGAUUCCGGAAACAGAAGAAAGGGCCAUCUGYAGAAAGUCAUUUGCGGCUUUUCCUCUACGCGUGGUCAGCGUUCACUUUUGCUGGCCGGACACGCAUUUCUUCCAUAUGGUGAAAUACUUUUUCGUCCUUGUGAUGGGACCUUCUCUUMGGGUUCGAGUAAACUUCCAUAGUGGUGAGUAGUUCUGUUGUGAGUCGUUAUUGAAAUCUAUUAAAAGCGUCCAACUAAAAAUCACAAUCUUAACAAUUACAUUCAUUCCCUCUCUUGUGUUGUUUUUAGGAGAACGUCAGGAACUAACAUACAAGCUCAUGGGAUUUGGUAUCCCAGUACAACUGCUGCCAACAACGGAAAGUGGUGCCAUCAAAACAAAAAACCAYACGCAAUGGUUGAAAACACGAUGUUUUUUCGAAAAGAACGCCGGCAAGAAUCCGACCACAACACCCGGCGAGCUCAUUGGUGCCAUUGAGUGYCCAGCCCUACACGAUGUUCUCUACGAGAGAAGCAAGCCAUGUACUUUUCACCCUGGAAAUUCUUUCUUCAAGGAACUAAUCGAGGAAAAUAAAGAAGAACAUGCAGUACUGUCGCAAACCGGAAAGCGCAAUUUCUCGUGGUCCAUCGUCGAWAAAGUGGAGAAGAACAAUGGUCGCUUCUUAACGUGGGAUCGACGAGGCUUUUGGAUCAAGCUCGACGACCGAUCUGAGAUUCGAUUGAAGGUGGCAACAUCUCUGAGGGACUUCAACAAACACGCUCGUGCCCUGGYCAAGUGCCAAACAGUAUCGAGUGUCUGCAAGGUCAGUUUCGACGAUGGCCAGUAUCUCAARAARAGGCGGAUCGUUGUCACCGACGACGAAUCCUCGAAUGUUUCUCUUUGUGAGAGGGCAUCAAAUUGCGAAUCUUUUYAUGGAACCUGCCUCCCAGAUUUACCAAUAUYCAGAUCGAAGGGAUACGACGAAACGAGGAAUAGGUUGRCCUCGGGGYUUCCAAUCGACGACAUUUCUCUUCUUUCAUAUACSCCGAGGAGUGCAUGAUUCAGGCUACCACAGUGCAUAUUUUACAGUCACUUCACAUAAAUAUUAUACUUGGCU